UCUAUGACAGGAUGUCUGGGGUUGUUGUGUCUCUGCUCAUUUCUGGGCCUUUCAUUCCUUCCCUUUGCCAUCCCAGGUGCCCAGCAGAGUGCCACUGUGGCCAACCCAGUGCCUGGCGCCAACCCUGACCUGUUGCCCCAUUUCCUGGUGGAGCCUGAGGAUGUCUACAUUGUCAAGAACAAGCCAGUGACACUCACGUGCAAGGCCAGCCCUGCCACCCAGAUCUACUUCAAGUGCAAUGGGGAGUGGGUUCACCAGGGGGACCACAUAACAGAGCACAGCACCGAGAAGGGAAGGGGGCUGCCGAUGAUGGAGGUCCGCAUCAACAUCUCCAGACAACAGGUGGAAAAAGUCUUUGGUCUGGAGGAGUAUUGGUGCCAGUGUGUAGCCUGGAGUUCUUCAGGCACCACCAAGAGCCAGAAGGCCUAUGUGCGCAUUGCCUAUUUGCGCAAGAACUUUGAACAGGAGCCUCUGGCCAAGGAAGUGUCCUUGGAGCAGGGCAUCGUGCUGCCCUGCCGCCCACCUGAGGGCAUCCCUCCUGCUGAGGUGGAGUGGCUCCGAAACGAGGACCUAGUUGACCCGUCCCUGGAUCCCAAUGUCUAUGUGACCCGGGAGCACAGCCUGGUGGUGCGACAGGCCCGCCUGGCCGACACAGCCAACUAUACCUGUGUGGCCAAGAACAUCGUGGCCCGUCGCCGAAGCUCCUCCGCCGCUGUCACUGUCUAUGUAGACGGAGGGUGGACUGAGUGGAGCAAGUGGUCGGCCUGCGCCCUGGACUGUACCCGCUGGAGGAGCCGGGAAUGCUCCGAGCCCCCGCCCCGUAACGGUGGGGAAGAAUGCGAAGGAGCCGACCUGGACACCCGCAACUGCACCAGUGACCUCUGCAUCCACAACGCCUCGGGCCCAGAAGACGUGGCCCUGUACGUGGGGCUCAUCGCUGUGGCUGUGUGCCUGGUCCUCCUCCUGCUCGUCCUCGUCCUGGUCUAUUGCCGGAAGAAAGAGGGAUUAGACUCAGACGUGGCUGACUCGUCCAUCUUGACGUCGGGCUUCCAGCCCGUCGGCAUCAAACCCGCCAAGGCAGACAACUCUCACCUGCUGACCAUCCAGCCAGACCUCAGCACCACAACCACUACGUACCAGGGCACCCUGUGCCCUCGGCAGGAAAGUUCUGGCCCCAAGUUCCAGCUCACCAAUGGGCAUCUCCUUAGCCCCCUGGGCAGUGGCCGGCACACCUUGCACCACAGCUCACCCGCCUCUGAGGCCGAGGAUUUCGUCGCCCGUCUCUCUACCCAGAACUACUUCCGGUCCCUGCCCCGGGGGGCCAGCAACAUGGCUUAUGGGACUUUUAACUUCCUGGGGGGACGGCUAAUGAUUCCCAAUACAGGAAUCAGCCUCCUGAUCCCUCCAGAUGCCAUUCCCCGGGGAAAGAUCUACGAGAUCUACCUCACACUGCACAAGCAGGAAGAUGUGAGGCUGCCCCUAGCUGGCUGCCAGACCCUGCUGAGCCCCAUCAUUAGCUGCGGGCCUCCUGGAGUCCUCCUCACCCGGCCAGUCAUCCUUUCCAUGGACCACUGUGGGGAGCCCAGCCCCGAGAACUGGAGUCUGCGGCUCAAGAAACAGUCUUGUGAGGGCACCUGGGAGGAUGUGCUGCACCUGGGUGAGGAGUCACCUGCCCACCUGUACUACUGCCAGCUGGAGGCCCGAGCCUGCCAUGUCUUCACAGAGCAGCUGGGUCGCUUUGCCCUAGUUGGGGAGGCCCUCAGCUCAGCUGCUGCUAAGCGCCUCAAACUUCUGCUGUUCGCCCCAACGGCCUGCACCUCCUUGGAAUACACCAUCCGUGUCUAUUGCCUCCAUGACACGCAUGAUGCGCUGAAGGAGGUGAUCCAGCUGGAGAAGCAGAUGGGGGGGCAGCUGAUCGAGGAGCCCCGGGUCCUCCACUUCAAGGACAGUUACCACAACCUGCGCCUCUCUAUCCAUGACGUGCCCAGCUCCCUGUGGAAGAGCAAACUGCUUGUCAGCUACCAGGAGAUACCGUUCUACCACAUCUGGAAUGGUGGUGCCCAGCAGUUCCUUCACUGUACCUUUACCCUGGAGCGCUUCAGCCCCAGCACCACCGACCUAGCCUGUAAGAUCUGGAUCUGGCAGGUGGAGGGCGAUGGGCAGAGCUUCAGUGUCAACUUCAACAUCAACAAGGACACAAGAUUUGCUGAAUUGUUGGCUCCAGACAGUGAAGGGGGGGUCCCAGCCCUGGUGGGCCCCAGUGCCUUUAAGAUACCCUUCCUCAUCCGGCAGAAGAUCAUCAGCAGCCUCGACCCCCCCUGUGGCCGGGGAGCUGACUGGCGAACUCUGGCCCAGAAGCUGCACCUGGACAGCCAUCUCGGCUUCUUCGCCUCCAAGGCCAGCCCUACCGCCAUGAUCCUCAACCUAUGGGAGGCCCGGCACUUCCCCCACGGCAACCUCAGCCAGCUGGCCGCUGCUGUGGCCGACUUGGGCAAACAGGACACUGCCCUCUUCAUGGUGUCUGAGGCCGAGUGCUGAGCCCAAGGUCAGGACUGGCUCCCUGCACAUGCACCAGCAUCAGUGGAUAUGACUUGGGCAUGGGCCAGAGGCAAGGUGGGGAAAGGGGGUGGCACCCCUGGAACGAUGCCCACCUCUGGUGUCUCUCCUUUCUUGCUUUGUGCCCAGGGAGCCCCUUCUCACAGCCAUGACUGGGCCAAGUUAACUCCCCUCAGCCCUUCUCAAAGGGCUCCUUCCCUGGCCGUCCUACUGCCCCGGGUUGGGCCUUUAGUGUGUUGGGGAUGGGUACCAGUCAUUGACACGGCAUCACCCAGGGGGGCUGAGUCCAGCAGGAAGGAAAGGAGGGAAGAGAAUUGCCCCCAGGGCCAGGAGAGGGAUCUCGGCAGGUCCGGAGGCAGAUGGCACGUGUGUCUGCGUGUGUGUGUCAUGCUACCUCUCCCUCCACCCCUCCCUUGGGGUUACACAUACACAUGGACACAAACACAAGGGGUCAGGGAAUGGGGUCACCUUGCCCACCCAGAGCUGGGCCUUAUGCAAACAUUUCUGUGCCUGUGGGGGUGGGAGAGCAGAUCUGAGGAGGGGCCCCUCUCCCCCCAACCAGGGAGAGGGGGCCCAAACCGGGGUCAUCGUUGUCAGCUCCAGGGGCCACAGCCCAUGGUGUGGCAGCUCGGGACUGGACACCCAACCACACCCAGUGGCUUAUGCCUGGCUUCUGUCUGUGCUCUCCCACACAUUCAUCACUCCCCCACCUGUCACACAUUAUAGAUACAUGUCUCAUGUACACUCACCCCACCCACAGUAUACGUGUAGCUCACUCUGCUCGCCAGACACCUCACCCAUCUCUCACAUACAUGCAUCAAGUGUCACAUGUCACACACGUGCCACACACGUGCCUCUCGCACACAGGCAGCGGUGCUGCUACUCCCAUCCCCACAGGGACACAGGCUUGCUUCUCUCCUCCCCUCCCCGCCCUCCCUAGCCAAUCCCUCCCCACCCCUGUCCCCCCUGAGCGCCAGGGAGGGCCAGGUCCAGCUUGGCUAAGGGCUGCUUUAGGCCCACAGCCCAGCCCAGCCCCUUCCCUCCAUUCCCCAGCCCUCUUCUCAGGCCCUGCGGGGCAGGUGUAUAUGCAAAGGGAGUCAUGCGUUGUACAUUGGCGAGU